AUGGGAUCUACGCUGCUUUCCGCCCCUAAAAAGGCUGGAAAUAAAUCAAAACCUUCUAAGCGUUCACCUAGCAAACACACUGACUCUGCUGAUGAAAAUUGCGGGAGCGAUCAAGUCAAGUCAAAGAAGCGAAAGACCGCUGCGCCUGAAGAACUGGAUCAAAUAGAGAAGAACGAACCAGAGGAAGCUCUGAUACCCGACAAUGAGAGUAUAAAAAGUUCAAAACCUAAGCUUCGCAAGUCUGUUACCUUUUCAGAGGACACGAAGCCUGACGAUGAUGCGGCUAUGGCUGAUUCUGAACUUACCGUGGAUCCUGAUGAUGACCCCGACUCGCUCGCAAACAGAAGAGCUGCUAAGAGACGCAAAAGAGAAGAACGCAGGAAAGAUCGAAACAUAAAUGUACAAGCAAAACAAGAGGAGCCUAAAACCCCGUCUGACCCAAUUCUAUCCUACCUUGCAACGUACUACAACUCCAGGAGUGAAUGGAAAUUCCAAAAGAAUCGAGACACAGCUAUAUUGAAGAAUUGCUUCUCAAUAGACCGGAUACCGCCUAGCUACGACUUUGCGCUGAAAGCUUACCUCUCCGGCUUAAAGGGAGAGGCAGCCAAAAAGCGUAUCGUCGAAGCCGCCAAGGAAGCCAUAUCAAAUGAUGACAAGAGCGCAAGCGAUCCGACGACGGCAGAUGUUGAGACCCAAAGAUCCAUGUACGAUGAUGCAGUCGAUGCAUUUAGGACUCGAUUGGAACACCAGGAUGAGAGCCAAGGAGACGAUGAGAUACCUGCGGACCUAAGUUCGUCGUGGCAUAAAAGGCUAAAAACAAGGAGACGAGCUGAGUUGAUACUCUAUCUCUUCCGUGAUAGUCUUCCAAAGCCGCCUCCACCGAAGAAAAUUACGCGGAAAACCAGGACGGCUGUUGUCUCCGAUUCAAGUAGUAGUAGCGACAGCAGCAGCGAUAGUGAGACUACCAGUGAUAGUGGCAGUGACAGUGAGAGUACUAGUGAUAGCACCAGUGACAGCGAGGACACCGAUAGCAGCGAUAUAUCCGGCUCUCGUUCGGUUCAAAAUGGCGUGGCACUAAAGCGGAAGAGCCAGGAGAGUGUUGCUGCAAAACCCGAACUGGACUCUUCCGAUUCCGAAUCCAGUUCUGCUUCUGAUACCACAUCAUCAUCCGGGUCUGACUCAUAUACAGACUCUGACUCGGAUUGA